AGGAUGUUUGGUUACAGUACCGUAACAGUUCCGUGAAGCCCUUAACAGCUACUUUCUGAUGACCAUUAUAGAAUUGCAUUGCGUCUACUGACUCUAAGUCUUUUGUGUAGCGUUUCAUUAUAUAGAAACAAAAAUAACAAAGACACUAUGGCACUCCGGAAAGAAGAAACUCUUGCAAUGAGGAAGAGACUAAUCGGACAGUCCUGCAAACUCUUUUACUCCGAUGACCCCUUGAAAAUAGUGAGAGCAAGAGGGCAAUAUUUAUUCGAUGAAAAUGGCAAGCGCUAUCUGGACUGCAUCAGCAACGUUCAUCAUGUGGGCCAUUGUCACCCAGACAUAACAAAGGCUGCAGCAGCACAAAUGGACCUUCUAAACACCAAUUCACGAUUCCUGCACGACAACAGGGUCAUGUACGCAGACCGCCUGUCUGCCACCUUGCCUGAGAAGCUGUGUGUCUUCUACUUUGUUAAUUCUGGGUCAGAGGCCAAUGAUCUCGCUCUGCGACUGGCACAGCAGUAUACCCAGCACGAGGAUGUCAUUGUGCUUGACCAUGCAUACCAUGGGCAUCUAAUGUCCCUCAUCGACAUUAGUCCUUACAAGUUCCGGAAACUGGCAGGACAGAAGGAAUGGGUUCAUGUGGCCCCCUUACCAGACACCUAUAGAGGCAUAUACCGCGACACUCACCCUGACCCAGGACAAGCAUACGCUGAUACAGUUAAAGACCUAAUCGAGGAUGUGCAUAAUAAAGGUCGAAAGAUCUCUGCAUUCUUUGCCGAAUCCUUGCCAAGUGUUGGAGGACAAAUCAUCUUUCCUCAAGGAUACUCAACUAAAGUUGCAGAAUAUGUGCGCUCUGCUGGAGGUGUGUAUGUGGCCGAUGAGGUGCAGACGGGCUUUGGACGUGUGGGGAGUCACUUCUGGGCCUUCGAGUUGCAGGGGGAGGGUUUCUGCCCCGACAUAGUGACCAUGGGCAAACCGAUGGGCAAUGGGCAUCCCCUGGCAUGCGUGGCCACCACAGCAGAGAUAGCUGGAGCGUUCACAGCCAAUGGAGUGGAAUACUUCAAUACGUUCGGAGGAAACCCAGUGUCCUGUGCAAUUGGCCUGGAAGUCCUGAAUGUGAUUGAGAAAGAGGACCUGAGAGGAAAUGCCACAAGGGUGGGAGCACAUCUGAAAGGUUUACUCACAAAGCUUCAAUCCCAGCAUCAAAUAAUUGGAGAUGUCAGGGGCGUCGGAUUGUUUGUGGGUAUUGAGUUGGUUACAGACAGGGAGCAGAAGACCCCUGCCACAAAAACAGCAGCAUGGGUGGUGAAAAGAUUGAAGGAGGAGGAUCUGAUCUGUGUCAGUACAGAUGGCCCCUGGGAGAGCGUCUUGAAGUUCAAACCCCCAAUGUGUUUCAGUAUGGAGGAUGUAGAACUGGUGGUACGAUGCAUUCAUCGUAUCCUCUCAGACCUGGAGACCAAUGGUCUUAAACUGGAAAAGGAAGACAUCUAAGGUGUUCGCCAUGUUAAGAUAUUUAAUGUGGAGCAAGCUACUGCAUAUCAACACAACCUGGGAGCUGACCUGUAUACAUGAUGGUGCCUUGUGACGCUAAUAUUUUAAAAAAAUCUAAUUAAUAAACAUUUAGCACUUUAAAAAUCCUGACUCUUCUUUUACUCACAAUCUCACU